CGUCACGUCCACGCCAAUUUAGCGUAAAUCUGGUGGUCCUGCACCGGCCGGGAAAGGCAUCCAUCUGCUGUUAAUUGUGAGUUUGCCUCCCGGCCCAGUAAUCGCAUUGUGUGUGUGGAAGGAAGACGAGGAGUCGAGCGCAACUGCUUCAGCUGCACACCCGGACAUCAGAGCUAAAGCCAUGACUACCAGCGCGGCCAUGGUGCGCAUCCUGAUCAAGGGCGGCAAGGUGGUGAACGACGACUGCACGCAGGAGGCCGACGUCUACAUCGAGAAUGGCGUCAUCCAGCAGGUGGGGAAGGAGCUGAUGAUCCCCGGGGGGGCCAAGGUGGUGGACGCCUCCGGGAAACUGGUCAUGCCCGGCGGCAUCGACACCAGCGUGCACCUGGAGGAGACUUUCAUGAACGCCGCCACGGCCGACGACUUCUACAGCGGCACCAAGGCGGCCUUAGCUGGAGGCACCACCAUGGUGAUCGCGCACGUUCUGCCGGACAAGAACGAGUCUCUGUUGGAGGCCUACGAGCAGUGCCGUAGCUCGGCCGACGGCAAAAGCUGCUGCGACUACUCGCUCCACGUGGGAGUCACCUGGUGGGGUCCCAAGGUGCGUGCCGAGAUGGAGAAGCUGGUGAGGGAGGAAGGCGUAAAUUCCUUCCAGAUGUUCAUGGCCUACAAGGACGUGUUCAUGCUGAGGGACAACGAGCUCUUCCAGGCCCUGCAGCACUGCAAGGACAUCGGCGCCAUCGCCAGAGUCCACGCGGAGAACGGGGAACUGGUGGCCGAGGGUGCGAAGGAAGCCCUGGAGCUGGGCAUCACUGGUCCGGAGGGCAUUGAGAUCAGCAGACCGGAAGAGUUGGAGGCGGAGGCGACCCACAGGGCUAUCACCGUCGCCAACAGGGCCCGCUGCCCGAUCUAUCUGGUCAACGUGUCCAGCAUGGCGGCAGGGGACGUGGUGGCGACGGCUAAAAUGCAAGGGAGGGUGGUCCACGGAGAGACGACCACCGCCCACGCUGUGCUCAACGGCGCCCCCUACUACCAUCAGGACUGGUCCUACGCUGCGGGCCACGUUAUGCUGCCGCCACUGCGCCUGGAGCCCAGCACGCCCAAUUACCUCAUGAGCUUGCUUGGAAAUGACACUCUGAACGCGGUCGCGUCCGACCACCGUCCCUUCACCACCAAACAGAAAGCCAUGGGCAAAGAUGAUUUCACCAAGAUCCCCCACGGGGUCCCGGGCAUUCAGGACCGCAUGAGCGUCAUCUGGGAGAAAGGGGUGAUCGGAGGAAAGCUCGAUGAGAAUCGCUUCGUCGCCGUCACCAGCUCCAACGCGGCCAAGAUCUACAACCUUUAUCCCAGAAAAGGCAGGAUCAUCCCGGGAGCGGACGCCGACGUGGUGGUCUGGGAUCCCGAGGGCUCCAAGGUCAUCUCGGUGGAAAACCAGGUGCAGGGCGGCGACUUGAACCUUUACGAAGGUCUUCGCUGCCACGGCGUGCCCUUGGUCACCAUCAGCCGAGGGCGGCUGGUCUACGAGAACGGCAUGUUCACGUGCGCCGAGGGCUCGGGGAAGUUCUGCCCUCUGAGGACUUUCCCGGACUAUCUUUACAAGAAGAUGGUUCAGCGGGAAAAGUGCCAGGCGGCCAAGCGAGUGGAGCGCGAGCCGUACACGGGAGACGUGGUGGCGGUGGCGAACGCCGGAAAGAGGGACGCGGCCACUUCGGAUCUGGACACGCCCACGCGACCGUGCACCCGUCACGGCGGCGUGCGGGACCUCCAGGAGUCCAGCUUCAGCCUCUCCGGUGCCCAGAUCGAUGACAAGGUUCCCAAAAGAUCCUCGGCCAGGAUCCUCGCGCCACCCGGCGGGAGGUCCAGUGGGAUCUGGUAGAGGCUGAGAACACCCGAUCGCCGACGAUAUCAGGGCGGGGGGGGGGGGGGGGGGGGUUUCCGUCCGAGCGAGUCAAGGUUGUACUUAAAUAGUGUGCGAUAAAUACGGUCAGGUUUGAAAUGUUUUCUUUUUUUCUGGUUAACUAAGCCCAGUUUCUUCAUACUCGGGGUUGGGGGGGGGCUGAAGCCAAUCAUGUUUGUCCAAUUCGAAAACCUCGGAAACUAUAAAGUGUCGCUUCUUGGGUUACCGCUUGGAAGGAAGUGACAUCACGAUGACCUCACUGUCAAAACACAACGUUUGCACUUGUGCGCCGUCUUCUUCAAGAGGCUUUUCUACGUGACUUGAGCCCCCCCCCUGUACUGUGAGCCGCGGUGAACGUUUUUUGGGGGGGAGGUGGCUGAAAUGGAUUGAGAUUUCAGUUCAUUUCAAUGGAGAGUUUUUUUUUGGGGGGGGGGGAUAUACAUGUAAAUUGAGGGCUACCUUGGUUGCAUUCAUCAGAGUACCUCAGUACAUUCGACUUCCAAACUGAGCUUCAUCCUUCUUUGGUGUUUUUGCUGCAUCUAAAAUUUGGAGGAGGCGUCUGCCCAAAACCGCCGACAUGAUGAAAAAUGGAAAACGGCUCUGCACUUCCUGAGUUCCUUUCCAACUGAAAUUGCAGUAUUACACCAACGGGAUGGUGUUAAAUUUCUCAUUCUGAACGGUACCACCAAAAUUUGGGCCAGGAAAAUCCCUGUCGCCGCCUCACGUGAAGGAGCCGAGGUUGG